UGCUCUUCCGCCAUGCUCCACAGUCACCAGUUUUGCAGGGAUGGCCGCUCCCAAUCCCGGAGGCUUGAUGCUUCCACAAAACCCCUUCUUGCCCCAGCUUAUGGUCCCAACCUCUACCACCGCUGCUCCUUGUGCCACAACUUUAGGAAGUGUACCCAAUCCACCACAUUCCCUACCUAACCCAUCACCUGCCUUUCUUUCUGGAUUGGCCCAAUCUCAUCCUGCUGUGGCUGCUGCCAUGGCGAUUGCCGCCGGUUUUUCCCCCACGGUUUCAUCAAGCGUUUCUGGCCAUUCACUCGGCUCUAUUACGAGCAACGAUCACCAUGCGUAUUCUUCUCAACUGCCUGCACACUUCAAUAACAUGGCAACGCCUUCAUUCCCCGGGUCAUCGACCAAUGCACUUAGCGGUACACCUUUGCCCUCAUCCAUGUCUAACGCGGUUGGUCCACCCACUCUUAUUCACAGUCCUUAUCCAUCGAACCAUGGUUCCGGGUGUCCAAAUAACUUCUCGCCGACAUCAUCCUCUUUCGCAUCGCCAUCGGGCUCCCGACUACCCGGUAUUCUUUCGGACACAGGUGCGGGACCUACAGGAUUGUCGCCAUUUCCACCAAUCAUGUCCCCUGCUGCAUUGUCAGCACUCAUGAGCGACAAGAAUUUGGAUGACAAGCAGCGAACUGCUGCGGCAGCUGCUAUGGCUGCAGCAAUGGCUGCGGCCGCUGCUGCUGCUGCUACUUCUCCAGCUGCAUUUGGGCUACCACCUGGGUUACCGGGCUCCACUGCUAACUCCAUGGAUGCUCACAGCCUGAUGGCUACCAUGGCAAGUUUUGCCGCCGCCCAGUCUGCGGUAGCUGCGGCGGCUGGGCUCGAUUUGGAUUCCACUGCCGGCAGCCUUUUGGGCGGGGCACCUGCUUUCGCACCCAAUAUUUGCAACAAUGGAAUCCCUAUAUCGGGGACCGGAACCACUGGGUUUGGUUCCCCCUACUUCUCUAACAUUGCUCACGGAUUUCCCCCACCCAAAAGCUCUACUCCUCUCUCUGGUUCUGGCCAGCGUCAAGGAUCGUACACCCCACCUGGAAACGAUCAGUUAGGACUGACACAAUCGGACCAAAAGCGCCGCCGCAUUGAAUGCCUUGUCCCGGAUGAUCCGAUGAACGCCCUCUCCAGUGUAGAGGAAAAUGGCCUGGAUUCCUUGGGUGCUGGUUGGGUUGAAAGACCGGGUCGCGAACGUUCCGAAGUAAUGAGGAAUCGGAGCAAAGUGGUUGCUGGUGCAUGCGCGUCCGUUUCACCGGCUAAACUUCCCUCAUCUGUGGUCUCAUCCUCCUUGAACAUCAUGACAUCGAACUGCUCCGGAGCCACAGGGCACAUGCAGCGCUGCACAGAGGAAAAAGCAAAUGACACAGACCAAAAAGAUACUUGUGACAGCCCUCCAUCUUUGAGCGUGAACGGGACGGAGAACCGUGAUUUUGAAACUGAAUCACAUACAUAUGGGGCUGUGGGAGACUCCCUGUCAUCAAAAAUAAACGGAUACUCCAAGCCGUCAUUAUCUCCACCCGGGUCGGGCCAUGUGACAAAGAUGCAGCCAAAUUCUACAGACUUCUCCAUUUCAAGUCCCCGGCCAGAUUCUGCAAACCCCAAGUUCAUCAACCUCCCGGGUGUUAGUGCAGUGUCCUUGUCACCACCGUACUUAACCUCCGAUAACGGAACGUUGGCGACUGACCUCUACAACUUGACACCAACUAACUUACCGAAUUCCUCGGACAAAGCAGCAAUUGGGUCUAGUUUUCCUACCUCUUGUGGAACUACUGGUAGUCUUCCUCUCCACACAACUCCUGUAAACCUGUUCGACGCAGAUGCAUGCGGCGUUAGAGAGUCCGAACCGCACACAUAUCCUCGAUCAAUGCCCCCAUUGUCGUCACUUUCCCCGACAUCAACCAUUUCUGCAGUAACAACAAUGGUUGGUGGUGCCUCGGCAUCUUCCAUUACAUCUUUGACCUCGCCGGUGCAGUCCAACCUAACUUCAUUGCCCGCUCCUCCCACAAUGGUAUUCGAGUCACCGUACUGCAACUCCCUUCAAAGUAUGCCAUCUUCGGGAAGAGUGCCCUAUUCCUUUCUUCUCCUGGAUAACCAACCUCCUACUCCGGUCCCCUUCACACCAGACGCAUUUUUCGGUCCCGGCAUUCCGCAUCAGGCGAAACCAGUACAUUGUUUGGAUCAUGGUGAAGUUGUCUGUGCUGUCACGAUUAAUAACGCCACUCGUCAAGUUUAUACCGGGGGUAAGGGUGGUGUCAAAGUCUGGGAUCUGAACGCAGCGACUUCUUUCUCUUCCUCCUCUACCGGAACUAGCCCUGGUUCCGUUUCGUCACAACAACCUGGUAUUACCAAGUUGCCCAUGUUCACUCUCGAUUGCUUACAGCGUGACAAAUACGUGCGAUCGAUCAAACUGACCAAUGAUGGUCGGACCUUACUGGUUGGUGGAGAAUCAAGCAUACUCAGCAUUUGGGAUCUGGGUUCAUCGAGUCCACGUCGUAAAUUUGAACUCAAUUUCGCUGCUCCUGCUUGUUACGCGUUAGCUGUGUCACCGGAUGGAAAGCUUUGCUUCAGCUGCUGCUCAAACGGCAACAUUGGUGUUUGGGACUUCCACAAUCGGAUUCUGGUCCGCCAGUAUCACGGUCAUUCCGAGGGCGCUUCUUGUAUCGAUAUCAGACCUGAUGGGACCAAAUUAUGGAGCGGUGGCUUGGAUAGGACUGUACGUUGUUGGGAUUUAAGAGAACAUUGUCAGAUCAACCAGUUUGAUCUGAGUGCACAAGUCUUUUCCUUGGGAUACUGUCCGUCGGGCGACUGGCUGGCGGUUGGUUUGGAAACUGAUCAAGUUGAAGUGUUCAGCCCUAACCACCCAGAGCGUUAUCAGCUCUCCCUGCAUGAGAGCUGUGUGUUAUCACUCAAAUUCGCACACAGUGGACUGUGGUUCACCUCCACAGGAAAGGAUCAUUGUCUACACGCCUGGCGGACUCCAUAUGGAGCGAACUUAUUCCAGCUAAAGGAAAACUCCUCAGUUCUUAGUUGUGACAUUUCAUUGGAUGACAAAUUCCUUGUAAGUGGUUCCGGUGACCGCAAAGCCACAGUAUACGAGAUCCUCUAUUGAUCUAUGCCUAGCAUGUCGCUGAACUUUCGAUUCUGUUCGCUCAUCUUUUCUCACCUCCGCCACACCACUGUUCCUCUCGUACCGACGCAGUCCCCCGCAACUAGCCACCAUGCUAUCGCAACUCCACAUUCACUUGUAAUUCGUUCACCGUUGCCGAUCUCACCGUAUCCCGAUAGAGAUUGUGCUCUCCAUCGACUCAAUGUUUGUAUCAAUCUCCUUGUUCUUCUGUUCUCUGUACAGCACCCUUUUCUUUGCUUUAAUCAUGCUCCUACUUCCGCAACUUAUCAAACGUUUCUGUCGCUUACACCCAGACGUCCGUCAACAAGCAGCCACACGGCCUGCAUCACUUACAAGUUUAUUGCUAUUUUUUCCAAGAUAUCUGCUCGCAUUUCUAGGCUUUGUUAAUUUCACACACACCGUACUUGGCUUACAGGUGCUCAUCCUGUUAUUGACCAGGCUCCCUCCACUCGCUGCGCGACUGUUCUUUUAACCUCUGCUGUACAGUUGUUACUAGUUCUUCUUCUCACACCUGGUAUCUCUUUUGCUCUACUCUCUCAGUUAUGCUUGCUCGCCUUUUCACACGACAAAAUCACUUGUUUCUCUACCCAUUACUCAUCCAAGCAUGCUGAACAGCUGCAUAAUAAAGGUCAACUUGUGGCCGCGGUAAUUUCACUCGCCUGCAAUUAUCCAUUGUUGUACUGGAGCUGUUCCCUUC